UGUUGAUUGGAUUUUUGAGUGGAUUUUUUCCGCUUGGGUUUUCCUCCUUAUUUUGUGUACUUAAAGGAGACAUUUUAGACCCUGACAUUUUAGUUGAGGUCCUCACUGAGAAGACUGCUGAGAAAUUACUGGGAUUUAAGAAAAAGAUCACUUCAACUUGUGAAACAUCGUCAUCUGGCUGUCUUCACACAAUUGAUCACCUCAGAGGGAUUUGUGCAGAAUGGGCAAGAAAACAAUUCACUACUGCUCACAGUGUGGGAAGAGUUUUGCCAAACCAUAUAUUCUCAAACGACACAUGUACAUUCACACAGAAGAGAAACCAUAUUGCUGUUCACAAUGUGGACAGAGUUUUAGACAUCUAAGUCACUUAAACAGACAUAAACUUGUUCACUCAGGAGUAAAGCCGUAUCAGUGCUCAGAGUGUGAAAAAAGUUUUGCUUGCAGUCAGUAUCUCAAAAAACAUGAGCGCAUUCACACAGGAGAAAAGCCUUAUUGCUGCUCACAAUGUUGGAAGAAUUUUAGACGUUCAAGUGAUUUAAAAUCCCACGAGCGCAUUCACACAAGAGAGAAGCCAUAUCAUUGCUUACACUGUGGGAAGAGUUUUAAACAUUCAUGUGCUUUAAAAUCCCACGAGCGCAUUCACACAAGAGAGAAGCCAUAUCAUUGCUUAGACUGUGGGAAGAGUUUUACAAAAUCAAGUAAUUUAAAAAUCCACCAGCGCAUUCACACAGGAGAGAAGCCCCAUCAAUGCUCACAUUGUGAGAAGGGUUUUAGAAAUUCAGGUAAUUUAAAAAUUCACCUACGCAUUCACACAGGACUGAAGCCGUAUCAGUGCUCACACUGUGGGAAGAGUUUUAGAAAUUCAGGUAAUUUAAAAAUUCACCAACACAUUCACUCAGGAGUAAAGCCGUAUCAGUGCUCAGAGUGUGAAAAAAGUUUUGCUUGCAGUCAGUAUCUCAAAAAACAUGAGCGCUUUCACACAGGAGAAAAGCCUUAUUGCUGCUCACAAUGUUGGAAGAAUUUUAGAAGUUCAAGUGAGUUAAAAUCCCACGAGCGCAUUCACACAAGAGAGAAGCCAUAUCAUUGCUUAGACUGUGGGAAGAGUUUUACAAAAUCAAGUAAUUUGAAAGUUCACCAACGCAUUCACACAGGAGAGAAACCAUAUUGCUGUUCACAAUGUGGAUGGAGUUUUAGAAAUCUAAAAAAGUUAAAAAUCCACCAGCGCAUUCACACAGGAGAGAAGCCCCAUCAAUGCUCACAUUGUGAGAAGGGUUUUAGAAAUUCAGGUAGUUUAAAAAUUCACCUACGCAUUCACACAGGACUGAAGCCGUAUCAGUGCUCACACUGUGGGAAGAGUUUUAGAAAUUCAAGUCAUUUAAAAAUUCACCGACACAUUCACACAGGAGUAAAGCCGUAUCAGUGCUCAGAGUGUGAAAAAAGUUUUGCUUGCAGUCAGUAUCUCAAAAAACAUGAGCGCAUUCACACAGGAGAAAAGCCUUAUUGCUGCUCACAAUGUUGGAAGAAUUUUAGAAGUUCAAGUGAUUUAAAAUCCCACGAGCGCAUUCACACAAGAGAGAAGCCAUAUCAUUGCUUACACUGUGGGAAGAGUUUUAAACAUUCAUGUGCUUUAAAAUCCCACGAGCGCAUUCACACAAGAGAGAAGCCAUAUCAUUGCUUAGACUGUGGGAAGAGUUUUACAAAAUCAAGCAAUUUAAAAAUCCACCAGCGCAUUCACACAGGAGAGAAGCCCUAUCAAUGCUCACACUGUGGGAAGAGUUUUACACAGUCAUGUAAUAUGAAAGUUCACCAACGCAUUCACACAGGAGAGAAACCAUAUCACUGUGCACAAUGUGGAUGGAGUUUUAGACAACAAAAUCAUUUAAACAAACAUAAGCUUGUUCACUCAGGAGUAAAGCCGUAUCAGUGCUCAGAGUGUGAAAAAAGUUUUGCUUGCAGUCAGUAUCUAAAAAGUCACCAACGCAUUCACACUGGACAGAAGCCGUAUCAGUGCUCAAACUGUGGGAAGAGUUUUACACGAGCAAGUGGUUUAAAAAGUCACCAACGCAUUCACACAGGAGAAAAGCCGUAUCAAUGCUCACAGUGUGAGAAGGGUUUUAGAUAUUUAAGUAAUUUAAAAAUCCACCAACACAUUCACACAGGACUGAAGCCAUAUGUUUGCUCACACUGUGGAAAGAGUUUUAGUAAUUUAACAGACAUGAAUACUCACGAACGCAUUCACACAGAAGAGAAGCCGUAUCAGUGCUCACACUGUGGGAAGAGUUUUACGCGAUCAAUUAGUUUAAAAGAACACCAACGCAUUCACACAGGAGAGAAGCCCUAUCAAUGCUCACAGUGUAAGAAGAGAUUUACACAAUCAGGUCAUUUGAAAGUUCACCAACGCAAUCACACAGGAGAGAAACCAUAUUGCUGUUCAGAUUGCGGAUGGAGUUUUAGACUACUAAGUGAAUUAAAAACCCACGAGCGCAUUCACACAGGAGAGAAGCCAUAUCAGUGCUCACAAUGUGGCAAGAGUUUUACACAAUCAAGUGGUUUGAAAACUCAUCAACACAUUCACACAGGAGAGAAGCCGUUUCAUUGCUCACAAUGUGGCAAGAGUUUUACACAAUCAAGUAGUUUAAAGAAACACCAACACAUUCACACAGGACUGAAGCCAUAUGUUUGCUCACAAUGUUGGAAGAAUUUUGGAACAUCAAGUGAAUUAAAAGCCCACGAGCGCGUUCACACAGGAGAGAAACCAUAUCACUGCUCUCACUGUGGGAAGAGUUUUACAAAUUCAACUGGUUUGAAAACUCACAAACGCAUUCACACAGGAGAGAAGCCGUAUCCAUGCUCACAAUGUGGGAAGAGAUUUACACAAUUAAGUGGUUUGAAAUUUCACCAACGCAUUCACACAGGAGUAAAGCCGUAUCAGUGCUCACACUGUGGGAAGAGUUUUACACAAGCAUGUAAUUUAAAAAGUCACCAACUCAUUCACACAGGAGAAAAGCCCUAUCAAUGCUCACAGUGUGAAAAGGGUUAUAGAAAUUCAAAUGCCUUAAAAAUCCAUCAGCACAUUCACACCGGACUGAAGCCAUAUGUUUGCUCACACUGUGGGAAGUGUUUUAGAAAUUCAAAAGAUAUGAAUACUCACGAACGUAUUCACACAGGAGAGAAGAUAUAUCAGUGCUCUCAGUGUAGGAAGAGAUUUACACAAUCAAGUAGUUUAAAAAAACACCAACAAAUUCACACAGGAGAGAAGCCCCAUCAAUGCUCACAGUGUGGGAAGAGAUUUACACAAUCAAGUAGUUUAAAAUACCACCAGCGCAUUCACACAGGAGAGAAGCCGUAUCAGUGCUCACAAUGUGGGAAGAGUUUUAGAAAUUCAAGUGUUUUAAAAAACCACCAACGCAUUCACACAGGAGAGAAGCCGUAUGUUUGCUCACACUGUGGGAAGAGUUUUAGAAAUUCAAAAGAUAUGAAAACUCACAAACGCAUUCACACAGGAGAGAAGCCGUAUCAAUGCUCACAAUGUGGGAAGAGAUUUACACAAUUAAGUGGUUUGAAAGUUCACCAACGCAUUCACACAGGUUGAAAACUCACCAAAGUAUUCAUCUGUAUCACUACUUAAACUGUGGGAAUAAUAAUAAUAAUAAUAAAAACUCACCAGCACCUUCACACGAGUGAAACCAUAUUAUGGUUUAUAUUGUGGAAAGAGUUUUACAUAAUAAACUGGUUUGAAAAGCCACCAAUUUAUUCAUGAUGGUGAGAAAUGUAUUGCUGAUCACAGUGUUAUUGCUUUAAAAAGUACAUCAUCCAAAAUGCAUUGCUUAAUUAGCAGGUCAGAAGAAGGCGUCUUUGGUGUGGAUGGCAGAAGCGGCUUCUGAAAUUUUGAAGAACCUUUAUACUGCUACAUCUUUAGCUAUCUGUGAUUACAGUAAGCCUUUCCAAAUGUAUGUGUCAGAUAAACAGGGGUUUUCUAAUGCCAUUAUAAUCUCUCGUGCAUGUAAGAUAGGCUAUGAUGUGAUUCAUUCUUUACCAGAGUUGACAAUUAAGAGGGACCAGACAGUUAAUCUGUCAGACAGGAGGAUGACCAUUUUGGAUGGUGAGCAACUUGAUUGUUAGUUUUCUUGUUAGUGGCCUAGAGGGAAAUUUGGCUAAUUAUUUGAUGAGUUGUCACCUUGUCAUGAGGUAACAGGUUUUAUUACUGUAUAGUCGUUGAACCAUGUUCAGUGCAAUUGUUCAGUCACCACUUUGGUUCCACCUGGGCACAGAGAGGCUUUUAUUUUAUGUAUUGGUUGUUCUGGUUUUGGUUGUUUUAUUCUUUGUUUUGUUUUUUUGUUGUUGUUUUUUUUUUAUUUAUUUUUUUAUUUGUUUGAUGUCUGGGGCAUGACUUGAACACCCCUGAAUUUCAUCAUGGCAUCGCAUUUAAAGAAGGUGUGGAGGUUAAACAGGGGGCCACUAAGCCACUUCCUAGGCAUUUACCAGAUGCUCUCCAGUUUUGAGUUUUAUUGUUUUCCUGACAUUUUAUUCUGUUACUCUUCACUCAUUAGAUCGCAAAUAUUAUUGAUUCUUGUUACUUGUUUUUCUGUUGGUAAUGGCUGUAAUAAAAAAUUUUUUGACCUAA